CCACGUAUCUGCUCGUGCAUAUAGGCUGCUGUUUUUUUCCAUCGGGAUCGGACGAUGGGCUGAACACACUGACAGUAUAUGGCUGAACCCCGCCGGCCCCCGCUGUCAGACUCUGUCCCCGCUUUCAGGCUCUGUCCCCGGGGCCCGAGCUCACCUGCAGCCGCCUCCAGCUCCUCCGCUCGGACAUGGAGAGAGUUGUGGUUGUAACCGGAGCGAACAGCGGCAUUGGCCUGGCCCUGUGUGAAAGGCUGCUGACGGAGGAGAGCCAGCUCCGGCUUUGUCUGGCCUGCAGAAACCUGCAGCGGGCCGAGGCUGCCCGCGCCUCUCUCCUGACCUCUCACGCUGACGCCAGCGUAGACCUGCUGCACCUCGAUGUGGGCUCUGUGCAGUCCGUGCUCGCUGCUGCUCAGGAGGUCAAGGCCAGGUACGGCAGAAUUGACUUUCUGUAUCUGAAUGCAGGAAUUAUGCCCAAUCCACAAGUGAAUGUCAAAGCCUUUUUCAAGGGUCUCUUCUCCUGGAAUGUCAUCAACAUGUUUGCGACAGCAGAGGGUCUCUUAACUCAACAGGACCUCGUCAACUCAGAUGGUCUGCAGGAAGUUUUUGCCACCAACCUCUUCGGUCACUUUCUCCUGAUCAGGGAGCUGGAGCCUCUGCUGUGUAAGACAGACCAUGUGUCCAGGGUCGUGUGGACCUCCUCGAGUAACGCCCGCCGCUCUGCCUUCAGCAUGGAGGACAUGGAGCACAGAAAUGGGACGGAGCCCUACAGCUCCUCAAAGUACGCAUCAGACCUGCUCAGCCUGGCGCUAAACAGGCACAAGAACAGCCAGGGGCUGUUCUCCUCUGUAAUAUGUCCAGGACUGGUGAUGACUAAUCUGACGUACGGCAUCCUCCCCUCCGGCUUCUGGACUCUCAUUAUGCCCAUUAUGUGGCUGAUUAGGAUCUUCACCAACACGUUCACACUUACACCAUACAACGGAGCGGAGGCACUGCACUGGUUGUUUCUUCAAAAGCCAGAGUCUCUGGAUCCAAGAGCAAAGUAUCACAGUUUAACAUCAGGACUUGGAACAAACUACACUCAGCCUCGACAGAUGGACAUUGAUGAAGGAACGUCUGAAGUCCUCUAUUCAAAACUUCUUGAACUUGAGAAAGUAGUAAGAAGGACACUGAGUGAGAGCAAUGCUGACAAAGAAUCUGAUGGACAGUGAGACAGAGUAGACGUGAUUCUUUUGUGAUGGAAGGUUUCUGCUCUUGGGAAAUGAACCAUGUACAAUUUGUGAAGAAGAACAAUAACAGUGCUCUUAUUCUUUUCAUUCUUGCCAGUUGUACCAUUGAGUUAUUUUUGUUUGUCGUCUUUUCCACAAAAUUACCCACAUGAGCUAAUGUGCCUAUUGCAGAGUUUAUAUCUGAAUAACAACUUUUUUUAUUUCUUUUUUUAUAAACCGUAAUGGGGUUGGGGUUGUUGGGUCUUGGUCAGAACGAGUUCUCUUUUUGAUCAGAAGAUUGUGUCCAACAUACGAUUUUCUAAGUCCAAAUUAGGUCUAAAAGUUAUUCUCCUUCAGGUGGAAAAAUAACAACCAGGAUUCAUCAAAGUUGGCAGUAGAUUAGAGCUUUAUUAUCUUAACAGACAAACAAAGCCUGAGCCAUCCAUGGAAAGACUGAAUUCACUCUCACAAAGCUUCUCCUUAUAUACUCUUGCACUCCGUCCAGCCCAUCUUCUACCUUUCCAACCUAUGACAGAAUGGUGUAAAUUCCCUUUGGAAAGACCCUAAAAUUCCACCAACCUGUGGCUUUUUCGGUUCUACUAGUGUCUUAUCAGUCCAAUUAUCCUGCACCUGUUGGGCCCAUGCUCCAUUCUACUGGUGUCUUGCUCGCCUAAUUAUCCUGCACCGUCAGGCCUAUGUUCUUAUCACAGAACCCACAGGCUUCAUGGCCUACACCAGUAGGCCAUGACAUUUUCUUUUUGCUCUCCUUUCAUCAGGAUUACACCAUUAGAAUCUAAUUUACUGUACUUCUAUUUUUUAAAAACCAUUUAAUACCUUUUUCUUACACCAUUAUGUCACAGAUGUCUUCUACUGUAUUUUUAAAAACUUUAUAAACUUUAUAAGAUGAUAAGAGACUUGUGUUACAAACACACACACAUUUGGUAUAAUCAGUGCUCAUUUCUUUGCUACACAACUACACAUUCUAUAUGUUCCACACAUUAAAUCAAACUUUUACUGAAA